GAGAAUCUCAAUGGGCUUUCCACGGGCCCAUCCUAUACUGUCGCUUCGUGAGAAGAAGUCUCCAAAAAUGGAGAGUACAUUAUAAAAAUGGAAGACGGAGGAUUUCCGUUGUUUCCCAAGUCAAAGCUCAGCGGGUUUAUCCGAUUUUCCGAUCACUGAAAAUGGCAAGGCCAAUCGUCGACGCCGAGUACCUCAAGGAGAUCGAGAGAGCUCGCCGGGACCUCUGCGCUUUGAUCUCCAGCAAGAAUUGCGCUCCUAUUAUGCUUCGCUUGGCGACUCCAAGGUCUCUCCAAAGGAAGGACGUCUUCCUGAUGCCAAGAAAGGUUUUCCCAAAGAUAUACCUUCUAAUUUACCAUUUCUCAAAAUAAUUACACAGCAUUUCUUUGGAAUUUGGAGGGAAGGGGUGGUUCCUUUUUUGGGGGGUAUGGAACCACUGAAUUCGGGUUAUAUCUGUCUCUUCCAAGCUGUAAUGCCCAUGGAGAAAUAUGAUCCUAUCAUGGUUUCUCUUACAAGUAUUGACUGUUUAUUAGUUAAUUCAAAUUGUGCAUUUAUUAACCAUUU